GGACAGAUCCGCAGUGAGGAGCGGCGGGCUGCACACAGUGACGGGGCGUCGUUUGACACUUUUUACCCCCACACACACAAUUCAACACUAAACUGGACGGAACAGGCGAACACGUCCAUAGACACGCACCCAGCCGUUCUAGUCCGUCAUGGAGUCCUAUGACAUUUUAGCCAAUCAGCCUGUUGUCAUCGACAAUGGGUCAGGGGUAAUCAAGGCUGGGUUUGCUGGUGACCAGAUUCCUAAAUACUGUUUCCCGAACUAUGUGGGACGUCCCAAACAUGUGCGUGUCAUGGCAGGGGCCCUUGAGGGCGACCUCUUCAUCGGCCCUAAAGCAGAGGAGCACCGUGGUCUGUUGUCCGUGCGCUAUCCGAUGGAGCACGGUAUCGUGAAGGACUGGAAUGAUAUGGAGAGGAUCUGGCAGUAUGUUUACUCCAAGGAGCAGCUGCAGACCUUCUCAGAAGAGCAUCCGGUCCUGCUGACGGAGGCGCCCCUCAACCCCAGCGUCAACCGCGAGAAGGCGGCGGAGGUUUUCUUCGAGACCUUCAACGUUCCCGCUCUCUCCUUUUCCAUGCAGGCGGUGCUCAGCUUGUACGCCACGGGACGCACCACCGGCGUGGUGUUGGACUCGGGAGACGGCGUGACUCACAUAGUGCCCACCUACGAGGGCUUCGCCAUCCCGCACUCCAUCCUGCGCAUGGACAUCGCGGGCAGAGACGUGUCGUGGUACCUGCGUCUCCUCCUGCGCAAGGAGGGCUACAACUUCAACACGUCUGCAGAGUUUGAGGUGGUGCGCACCAUCAAGGAGAGGGCGUGCUACCUGUCGCUAAACCCCCAGAAGGAUGAGACUCUGGAGACGGAGAAGGCCCAGUACAUCCUUCCAGACGGCAGCACCUUGAACAUCGGGCCGGCCCGCUUCCGCGCCCCCGAGCUGCUCUUCAGGCCCGACCUGGUGGGCGACGAGAGCUUAGGCAUCCACGAGGUUCUGGCCGACGCCAUCCUGAAGUCCGACAUGGACCUGCGUCGCACGCUCUUCUCCAACAUCCUGCUGAGCGGGGGGUCCACGCUCAUCAAAGGGUUUGGAGAGCGACUACUAACAGAAGUGAAGAAGCUGGCGCCCAAAGAUGUCAAGAUCAAGAUCUCGGCCCCUCAGGAGAGACUCUACUCCACCUGGAUCGGAGGCUCCAUCCUGGCGUCAUUGGACACCUUCAAGAAGAUGUGGGUGUCCAAGCGGGAAUAUGAAGAAGAUGGCGCGCGAGCCAUCCACAGGAAGACCUUCUAGAAGACACUCUGGCUCCGCCCAGCCUGCCGCUUUAGCCCCGCCCCCUCCCUCGCCCCCGCUCACGACUCGAGAGGGGUGUGUGAGUGGGCGGCACUCGGCCCCGAGGACUCCUCCCGGCCUCAGGCCACGCCUCCUUUCUACGUGAAGGUGUACAUUGUCAAUAAAAGUCCACUUUUUUUUUUUUUGUUGGUUUUUUGCUACGUUUCCAUUCCAAAGUGUUUUGACCUGACGGCCGUGGCCACGUUGGCGCACACAACGCCGUCCGAGGAGAGUCAGCACGUUUAAGACGACUGACCGGUCUUUGAGGACAACAAUCGACAACAAAAUAUUUUAGUUGAAAUGCAGCAGUCUUUUUCUGUUAGCCGGCUGGGCGAGUCGCAUGUCGGAGACUCGCCGCACGUCCACGAGAUGCACCGAGGACGUGAAGGCCAGCGAGGCUUUUGGACCUUUUUUUAAAACCUGCACGGAGGAACGACAAUGUUUGCUAACACAUAAUUAUUAUUAUUAUUUUAAGAAAUAAACAUUUAUGUCUGCUGCU